GGCUCGUCAGAACAGAAAGGAAGAUGUGGACAGAACGGACACACUGAGGGAGACAGGGGGACGUCACAUCACACUCAUCGCCUACGUCUGGCCUCGUCGCCAGGCAGGUGUUGUUAUCCAAAGGAGACAGUUUAAGGGUCGUUUCGAGGUGAACGCUCCCCCUCUCCUCCUCCUCCUCCUCCUCCUCGUUGCGGAAGCUGAAUCGGCCCCGUUGGCUUGUGAGAGAUGGGUACGAGAGCGAGUCGUCUGCAGGAGGAGCCGGCUCCCUCCUCCUCCUCCUCCUCCGACGGAGCGAAGCGGGACUCGUACCGCCGACCCCGCUGCGCCAGGCCCACCAGCCUCGUGGUCGACUUCUCCGGGAGCUUCGAGGACACGGAGGCCAACCGGAGCCGGUCGGAGGAGGGCAGCGACGAAGACCCGGGGCCGCAGCACGGGGCCAGCAGCGCGGACGGGAGCCCCGCGGAGGAUGACAGCAGCGCGGGGAGACCGGAGGAGACUCCCGAGGAGGUGGAGGUGGAGGAGGUGGAGGAGCAUCAGUCCGUGGAGGAGACAGGCCGCACGCCGCAACGCACUUUCUCCGAGCGGCUGCCCGGGAGUCGACACUCUUCCGGCCGCAGCGUGGGCGCCAGAUCCGCCCGGGUCAGAGGAGCGCACCAGCGGCCGGUGUCGGAGGCGUGGAUCGGCCUCUACCGUGUGAACAACCGGCACGGCAAUAUCCGCUGUCCUUUCUGCUCUAAGUCCUUCCCGGGGGGUCGGAUCGAGGAUCACCUGUUGAGCUGCCUCACGUCUCCUCCCCUACCAUACAACACGGAUGUGCUCAGUAAAGACAGCGGAGAGUGCUCCAUCUGUUUGGAGGAUCUGGUACAGGGAGAGACCAUCGCCAGGCUGGCUUGCCUCUGCGUCUACCAUAAGAGCUGCAUUGAUUCCUGGUCCAAGGUGAAACCCUGCUGCCCUGAACAUCCCUUUGAUUGACCUGUGGGUCACAUGUAUUCUGCACAGUGACCAACCUGACUCAGGAGACUACACUGAAUCCCAAUAAAGACCCAAUAAAAAAAUGUGUAAUUGAACAAAUCAAAGCCCACUGUCCCUCUCAGACGUAAACCUAUAUAGAGUGGGGAACACAUGAUCCUAAGAAGAAGCUCCAGGUAGCGACGCCCGACGCCCCCGUUUGGAUCGGUCAAUUUUCAACUUGGUCUAGACCAUUUCAAGCCAAACAUCAGUAAAAAGAGCUGCUCCGUCUCCAUCUGAUCUCUGGUCGAGACUCUUGUUGGAACACAAGUGGAGAAGGUUUCCUUUCUAUGUUUCGGAAUCCGCGGAACAUAUCUAUAUAUAUAUAUCAUUUUUAAAAAGUCAAACAUUAUCAUCCCAGAACGAUGGAACUUGCCCCAAAAAAAAGAUCUUGAACUGGGAUAAGAACAGAAAAAAACAAGUUAACUGUGACUCUGGAUCCUCUCCUGCGUAGUUUUUCUCCAUCCAAAAACGGGAUUGGUAAUUUUAUGAGAAAGUAUUUUGCAGAAAGAGUAUUGUUCCAUGUCAUACAUUGGAUGAAUGUUUUGUUUCCUCGGCUAUCCCCCAAAAUGAACCAACCUCGAACCGAAAGCAUGAACUGUAACCACAUGGCUUUAUUUUGAACCAGCUGGAGGUUGAGGGCUUGUUUUUUGGUGAAUGGGGGGCUGCCGUUAAUCAGUGUUUAUUCUUUUUUUUAUAUUGCCUGUAAACAUUUCAGGGGGAGUUUGGGGGCUAAUUGUUUUUUUGGGUCAUUUUUUUUGUAGGUGGUUAAUUGGCGCUGAGAUUAAUGUGCUGCUAUUUGCUGAGUGUAGGACGGUUGUAGGUAUUUCAUAUUGGGCCAUAGUAGCGCUGGUGUUUGCACCAAUUUGAGCACUUUUGUCCUUCAAGGCUGAUUUAUUUUUUUAUUUUUUUUCACAUAAGGUCUGGGAUUAGGUUUGUACGUGCGCAAGUUGUGUAUGUAUGCGUGUGUUUGAAUGAUCAGGGACAGGAAAUGCCCUCAGCAAGGCUGUGUAUUCAGGAAAAGUGUGAAUGUGUGUGUGUGUGUGUGUGUGUUUACUGUAAAUCGCCCAGACGUCUGCUUGGUCAAAGCGGGUUACCCUUUUUUUAUUUUUAAUGCUAGUUUUUUUUUUUUACUACAAACAUCCCGUCACACGUGGCAUUGGUACGCAACGUGGCGGCUCACGCUGUCCCGUUGUACUUUGAAUGCUUUUUUUUUGCUUUUUAGUCCCACUUCUCCACCUUUCUCCCUCCUCACUCUCAAACACUCUUUAGGGGUGUAGUACGGAUAUUUUGGACCAGAGCCCAAUCGACAGUUUGCCAUCUGGUAUCAUUAAUGCCAGAUUGAGGAGGGAUAAAUGGGACGGAUGGGCUGAGGGAUGUAAUUUUUGGGGCAUGUUUACACCAUGUGGCAUCUGCCUCUCCCCCCAACACUGGAGGCUAUGGACAGCUGAUGGUUAAUUAUUACAUAACUAGCCUCCACCACUUUUUCCCUCCUUUUUUUUUAUAGGAUUUUUAGAUAUUAUAUCAUCACGUUACGAUCAUUGCUAAAUGUGUUAAACAGCUUUCCUUUGCCUUUUUUUUGUGCGUGUGUUGAUUGCCUUUGCCUGGUGAAGGGGUUCUUGUGCAAGCAGGUGUUUGUAGUGUAUUUUCAGGCUGAAAUGAGACGGAGGCCCAAAAGUUAGGUUGCUCAACAGAUGCUCUCUGACACAGGUUGUUCACAGAGAAAGAACAAAAAAACAUGAAUUGAUUGCUUUUGCUGUCUGAUCGGUGUGUUUACAUCCAAAAGUGGUAUGGAUCAGAUUAGAGGUCAGCCCAGUGAAACACUGGUUAAGUUUACUUUUCUCUCUGGUCCCUGGAGUUCUGCAGUCUGAGGUGCUACGACUUCUCUGGCCACUAGAGGGCAGCCCUGUGCAUGUCUUUCUUUUUUUUUUUUUUUUCUUUUAUAUUAGAGAGUAAAAACAAAAUAAUGCCAAAAGUAUGUCUGUGAAUUUGGGGGCAUUGUGUGAGAGAGUGCAGAGAUCAUUAGAUGUUACAUUUGUUGUGGUGAUAAGUUAUGAUGUUGUAUACUUUGGCUGGGAGGGUUGGGUGUGAGCGUGUGUGUGUGUGUGAGUGUGAGUGUGUGAGAGAGUGUGUGUGUUACGGGGGGUUUGGAUGUGGUGUUUGGGUUGUCGAUAAAGAUAAGACAAUCUAAAACCACACAUUACUCUCUUUACUUUCUUACCCCCUCUAACCUGUGUGGUGCAAUACCUCAAUCAUUACCAAUGCUAUAGAAACGCUCUGUGUGUAAACUAGCUCCUCUCGUACCAAGGGCGGUAUUUUGUAUAAAUGUCCCUAAAUCCUUGGUUUUGAAUUUCAGGGCACUGGUCCGUCAUCUGCCCUGUGCUUUUGAAGUCAAUGUAUUAGAUGAGAAUGUUUUUUUCAAAGAGUCACCACAGCGGUAUCUGCACCCCCAAGAUAUGGACAAUCUGCCUUUACUCUGGUAUAUAAAAAAAAAAAAACGAAACAAAUUGAAUUUUAUUUAUUAAAUUGUAAAUAUGUAAUGCAAUUCAAGAAAAUGGCUUGGUCUUUGUCUGUUCAAUAUACUGUUUCUAAGCUCCGAUCUUUUGUAUGUCUCAGAAAUUGUUUUUUAUAUGUAUUUUUUACAAUAAAUAUGUGU